ACCAAACAUGGCUAGUGGGGAAAACGAAAGUUUAAAUCUGUUUUUUUUUUCAAACACAUGAUGAUUCUAAACCAACAAGAGAUGAAAACAUCUGGAGUUUAGCAGAUGAACAGAGAAACAUGUCCUUUUCGCCUUUUGAUUCAGAACAACAUGGAUCGUUGGGCGAUCAUAAGGCUUCAACAGGAGAUGUGCGUGAAAAUAAUCAUGAAGAAUCUACUCCUGGAGGAAUGCACGCUUCUAAAACGGUUCCUUGUAAUCUUGACGAUACAGGUGAAAUAUUUACAGCAGGUGAACCAAAUGACGAGGCAGCUGAUGAAAAUGCGUACAAAUUCAAUCAUCAUACGCGAGGCCAUGCCAUCAUAGUUGUAAAUGACACGUUUAAGAAUUAUGAUUUCAGGGAAGGAGCAAAGUGCGACCUCGGAAAUAUGAGGGAAAUAGUUAAAAAAUUAGGGUUCAAAUGGCAAAAUCAACUGUUUUACAGAAAUGUUACACACAAACAGAUAAAUAUGGUUCUAAAAGAUGCAACUCGUGCAGAUCAUACAAACUGCGACGGUUUUUUAUUCAUGAUAAGUACACAUGGCGAAGUAAAAGAAAAUCCAAAAGAAAAAGGAAAGAAGGAUCAUGCACUUAUUUGCUCAGAUGACAGAUUUAUUUACACAAGUGAAAUUACAAAAAUGUUUAAUGAUAUAGAAUGUCCUUCCCUGAAAGGAAAACCGAAAUUAUUCUUCAUACAGGCUUGCAGAGGCAAAGAAGUAGACGAAGGGGUCAAAAUUUCGAUAUUGGGUCAAGAAUCCCAAGAUCCACCUCAUGACGCAUCAUCGACUAUGCGACAACACUCGCUUGACCAACCAGAUGCAAAAGGUGAACACAAUUUAUCGAAAAGUUCACCAUCACAAGGUGCCACUACAGGUAAAGACCAAAAAGAAACAAAUGAAACACCAACACCAGUUGAAGGAAAUAAACUGUCUGAGAGGUCUCCCAAGCUACUACCAUAUCCGAUCAUUGAAACACCAUCCUUGGAGUGUGAGAACGACCAACUCGUAUUUUAUGCAAUUCCACCUGGAUAUUUUGCUUGGAGGAACGAAGGAGAAGGUUCCUGGAUGAUUUACUAUCUUCACGCUGUUGUGAUGGCUCACUCUGACAAACGUAAGCUAAACCUCAUAAGCCUCCUCACCAAGGUUUCGGCCAGAAUGUCAGUCAGGUCAACAUACAUUCCCGGCGAAUUUAAGAUGGAUAAGAAAAAGGCUGUGCCAGUUAUCGAGCAUAAACUGAUGAAAGAUGUUAUGUUCAGUCCGUAUUGAAGGAGUCAUAAUCAAACCUGUGUCACAUUUAUUUCAUAUGUACUAGUACCAGUUAUUUUAAUAAUGAAGAAAUAGACAAUUGCGUAACAAACUUCACUAUAAGGAAAUAUUUACUCCUGAAUGUACAAUAACAUAAAUUGGAUAUUAAAGUUAACAUACAACGUAAACAACCAUGAAGACAUGUCUAGAGAUAUAGUGGAUCUAAGAGUAAAUAUACAACAUAAACAGCCUUGAAGUCAUGUCUAGGCAUCUACGACGCGAACGACAUAGAGGCUUUGUAAAAGCUUUGUUUUUCUCUUCAAAAUACUUACGAAGUAAAUAGAGAGCAGAACUUUUUCUCGCCAGAUGGCUCAUCAAUUAAACAUUUAUCAUAUUGGUUUGACAAAAUAAUAAAUGUCUGCGAUUAUUAUUAUGUGAGACGUUACCCUAUUUGUGUAAUUUAAUUGUUAUUUAUGAUUAUAAUUAACAAUGAAAACAAAAUUGUAGCAAAGUUAAUCCCAACCUACUGUCCAGUUUGUAAAUGUCAUUCGGUCUGUCAAUGUUGUCAUCAUGUAUGUAUGCUGUACGUAAGGGAUGAUUUCUAAACUUUUCAUAUUUCAUAUAUUAUCUAAAUAAUUAUUAAAGUUGCACUCUGAUUCAAAUCAAUAAUACACAUGUAUUACAAACAUUAUUGUGACUGAUAAACCUUUAACUACUAACUAAUUAAUACAUUUGUGGAAACUAUUAAAUUCUGAUAAUAAGAUUGUUACUGUGUCUUUAAUAACUGA